AUGCACUCCCAGACGUCAUUUCAUGGCUGCACGGCUGCCAAAGUCAGUACCAAGAAGGAGAUUGCAGUUCAGUCCCUGGAGAGUCUCUCGGUGCCAUUCCUCGACGCCAAUAGCAACCAGUGGACAUCCAACGCCACAGCCUACAAUCUCCGUGUGCCAUCCAUACCUAUCGUAAUCGUUCUUGCAGAAACAGACCAGCAUGUUCGCGAUGCUGUCGUGAGUGGUGUUGCUGCUGGCAUGAAGGUCAAUGCCCGUUGCGGCGGUCAUAGCUACGCGUCUUUGGGACAUGGCGGGGAAGACAAUCACCUGGUCGUCGACCUGGCGGCCAUCAACAGCGUCACAGUUGACCCCGCCACCCACAUCGCGACCGUCGGAGCUGGGGCUCGACUGGGCCACGUUGCCACCGAGCUCUACAAACAAGGCGGCCGGGCCAUCUCCCACGGUAGCUGCCCAGGUGUGGGCAUUUCCGGUCACAUCCUGCAUGGUGGAUACGGCUGGGCUUCGCACAAUAAAGGUCUCGCGUUGGACUGGAUGAUGGGCGCCAGUGUUGUUCUCGCAAACGGUACCCAGGUCUACUGCUCCGAGACGGAGAAUCCUGAUCUCUUCUGGGCGCUUCGAGGAGCUGGCUCGAACUUUGGCAUCGUUGUCUCUUACACCCUGAAUACCUUUCCAGUGCCAUCCGUUUCAACACCAUUCAAGGUGUCUCUGAAGUGGCAUACCAAAGAAGAGAAGAUCAAUGGCCUCCAGGCACUUGUCAACUUCUCUCGUACGGCUCCGCCUGAGCUGAACAUGCGACUGGGUGCAUUUGCUUCCGGAGGCCAAAACUUCGAAGGUAUUUACUAUGGCAGCACCGAUGACUUGUCCAAGGUUAUGACUCCACUGCUGGAGAAUACAGGAGGAGAGCUCACCGCGACCCAAGGUACCUGGCUCGAAGGCCUUGAGUACUACGCCGAAGGCAAUUCUCUUGCUAUUUCCGAGCCAUACAAAGAGCACGGAAACUUCUAUGCGACAAGUCUCACUCUGAAGGAUCUCUCUGGUGAGUCCUUGAAGGAUUUUGUGAAUUUUUGGCACACACAAGCCAUCGGUUUCAAGUCGGGCAGCUGGUUCAUCCUGUUCGACCUACACGGAGGACCCGCGUCUGCCAUCUCUGCCAUACCCAACUCAGCCUCAGCCUACGCUCACCGCGACAAAGCCUUCCUGGUCCAACUCUACCAUUAUGUUGACAACGAGAAAUGCUACCCUCACGAGGGGAUUUCUCUGAUGCAGGGUUGGAUCAAAGCCGCUACACAAACCCUGAAGGAUGGCGAUUGGGGCAUGUACAUUAAUUAUGUCGACUCAGAACUUGAUCGCCACACAGCGGGAAAAUUGUACUGGGGGGAGAAUCUGAAGCGACUCAAAGAACUCAAGAAGAGAUACGAUCCGACAGAGGUGUUCUACUACCCACAGUCAAUUUCUCCUGCCACCUGA